GAUAUGAAAACAAACUACAAAUGGCGCCGGAUGGGAUUCAAACUGCAAAAGAUACGUGUGGUAUGGAUACGCUUGCUUGAUUCGCCCGGUGAAAGGGGAGCGGUAGGCGGAAUGCACAACGAUGUCGUUGUGCAUGAUGUCUUCUUGUCCAAGAACGCUAGGACGGUUCCGAGCAUUCGCAAACAUUGGCAUAGAACGGCGCGGACAUGUGUCCUCUGCAUCCUCGUACGAUCAAGGGACCAAACCAUUGCUCCGAUUUCCCUUUUUGAGUCAUACAGGUACAGUUGGUCUGUCUUUGCACAGGCGAUGCACAGGCAAUUUCGAGAACCAACGACAAAGAACUAACGGACGCGUUCCUUUUCUGGCGAGAUAUGGCAACCGCCCGUCCCUGCAUCUCUUGAUGCCCGAUUGGUUAGCCGUGCUGUCGUUGUUGGUACCAGCGUUGCCCUGGGGUGCCGAAGAAUGCCAUGGAUGUGGGGAGGUUGGCUUGUGCGCCACAGUUGAAAUGCAGGGUGAGAUGGAUUCCGGUGUCGUAGCGCUUGAUAGGCAGGAUAGGACCGUCUACCAAGACACUUGGAUGGAAUUGAGGCAAUUUCGUCGUGGUGGACGAGGAAUGCGCUGCAUCACAUGUUCCAUCAACGAGUCGCAACCCAAGCAUCCCAAGAUCAACAUGUCUGGUGGUCGUGUCCGUGAGAUGCCGAGCCGGAUUUCAAUGACUAAGUUGAAGAUCAGGGUCAUGGAGAUCUUAUCGCGGUUCCCUUUGGUGUACAUGCCGCUCAGUAACCGGCCGCCUGUCGCCGACUACUCGUCUCAACCUUCCGUCCCAUCUCUUCCGCAGUUCGACGCCUAG